AUGGAUUUAUUUAUACCUUUAAAAAUUGAUAAAACAAUCAUUGACGAGGAUGUAUAUCGCGCAAAAAGACAAGCAAAGAUCAAAAAAAAAAAGCCACUCGAUCAUUUGAAGAAUAAUUACAAAGGAAAUUUUAAGCUGAAAUCUUGGGACAGAAUAUACGUUAGAAUUAAUGAAUAUAUCUCCAAAUCAAUUAUGAAAGAUGACCAAUAUGAUGCUAUUUUUAAUGAAAUGGCAAUGCUCAUUCGUAUGGAGGUACCAUCGAUGAUCUUAAUUGAAAAAACUGUUCACGUAGAACCGUCCAAGAAAUCCGAAUCUUCGGGAUAG